AUGGCCGACUACGAUGGAAGCCAUGACUAUCCCUAUUGCUGGGGAUUUACCAUCUUUCGCACCGCUUACGAGUCUGACGAGGCAUUCACGAAGGCCGUUGAGCGGCUCAACAACUACGCCAAACACUGGGCCUACCAUGACCUCGCUCGUCGCCGAGACCGAGAGCCGAAAGACCCUCUGCCUAACCAGGAUCUUUCAAGUCGGUAUUACGGCGACAUUAUAGAGGACCCGGGACUCGCUGGAGCAGAUGUGGAGGAGGUUGGAAGACGGUUCGAUGACUGGGUCAAGGAGCAUCUCAACUCUACCGACAAACGCGAUGUUCCUAACGCCCGUUUUAGAUUCUGCUUGAUGCUUGACCAGCAGAGUAUCGAUGCGAUUCUGGCCAUGCCCGAGGAUCGGGAAACUGUUACUAGCGACAUGGAUCCGCCUAGGAACCAGCGUUGGAUCAAACUCGUCACUGGAGAGCAAUGGGCUGACCGUGGAUGGCCGAAGCGCGGUAGACUAUGGUGUCGUGCGGGGAUAUAUGAAUUCUGGGGAAUGUGGUUCGAAAUAGAGGAUCCGGAUUUUAUCUACGAGGAAAGCGGAUGGGCUGAAGACCCGUGGUCCGAGACCGACGGGGCUCUGAAUUUUUGGGGUAUUCCAGGCGUUGACUGGUAG